GACUAGAGUGUGACAUGUAAAUUAUAGGGUUUUUAGUCUAUCAAGUGUGAUGCUUUGGAGAGGAAAAGAAACUAAGGCAGGACAACUAGGAAAAGACUUUUAUAGUGGUCUGGGUGGUGGGUCUUGUGAAUUCAAGGAGCUAUAAGCAUGGAAGGACAGAAACAGCACUUCCUAUUCCCUUCUACCCACACUCACACUCUGGCUAUGUGACUGAAGGUCUUGACAUCACCCCACCUUUUUCUUCUGACUUACCAAUGGGACAGACCCUCAAGUCCUACACCCCAAGGGGUCCUCAUGGUUUCUUUUGGUCAUCUUGGGUUUCCUGGUUGAUUUUUAUUUUGGGGGUGGUCUUUAUCCAGGCUGUUCAUCAGCAGAUUCUGAGCAACAAGUUCCUUAUUGUACGAAUGAAAGAACUCCUGUGGAGAAAAGAAGAUUGCCAGAGGUUUUAUCAAGAGCAUGAAGGGCGUUUUUUCUAUCAGCGGCUGGUGGAGUUCAUGGCCAGUGGGCCAAUCCGAGCCUACAUCCUCGCCCACAAGGAUGCCAUCCAGCUCUGGCGAACACUGAUGGGACCUACCAGAGUGUUUCGAGCACGCCACAUGGCCCCAGAUUCAAUUCGUGGGAGUUUCGGCCUCACUGACACCCGCAACACCACCCAUGGCUCAGACUCUGUGGUUUCAGCCAGCAGAGAGAUUGCAGCCUUCUUCCCUGACUUCAGUGAACAGCGCUGGUAUGAGGAAGAGGAGCCCCGGUUGCGCUGUGGCCCUGUGCAGUACAGUCCAGAGGGAGGUGUCCAUCGGGCAGCUGGAACAGGAGACCCAGGACCAGUCUGAUGCAGGCCAGUCAGUCUAUGAAGACCAGUUGCAAAACGCAGACUUUUCUAUUAGACCUCUGGUCCAAAGCAUUCUCCUAGUACCAGGAAAGCCUGGGGCUUAUGGUACCAUCUCUGCUGGGCACCAUCUGCCUGAGAGCCUAGCUCUUCUCCACAUAUCCUCCAGAAUCUAACUGUCUGUGUACCUCUCCUCUGGAAUGUUGAUGGUGGUUUAGAAGGGCAAUGACUCCUCUUUUUGCUGAGAAUUCUUCAUCCUUCUUCAAGAAGAGCUUGCCUAAUUGACAAACCUGAAAAAUGAAGUGACUCCAUAUAAACAACAUUUGACCUAUCUUUCUCAAUAAAAAUCUAUGUUCUACUGAAUCCUCCAUGUGGCCACAUUUAGAAGGUGCUUUCCAGGCUUCAACAUUUUGAUGUCUCAACAGUAUUCAAUAUUGCCUUAUUCUCUAAAAACAUUCUCUUCUCUUGACUUUCCUGAUCUGCACACAUUUAGUUUUCUUCUCUGCCUAUUUCCCUGUCUCCUUUGUUGGCUUUU